GGCAAUUUCAUGGAAGCAGAUGCCGAAAAGUUGCGGGAGCGACCUGCCACCUGCGAACACAUUCAGCUUUCUUUAUAUCAUAUAUUCGGCGUUCUCAGGCACGUGAUGGAGAUCUUCCUUUUCUGAUUGUAAAUGAGUCCAGUCAAGAGGCUGUAGAAAAGGUCCAACAUGUUUCAUCUGAUUAAGAAAGACAAAGAGAAAGAAAAGGACAUUGUCAAGAAGGAGAAGAAAGACAAGAAAGAGCGCAUGUCCCCGGCCGAAUUGAAGAGUCUGGAAGAAAUGAGCAUUCGCCGAGGCUUCUUCCACCUCAAUCGGGGAAGCUCCAAGAAGGAAUCAAGGAGCAAGUUGGAGAUCUCUGGUCCUAUUCCUAUCAAGGUGGCGAGCAACCUGGAUGUCAGCCUGACCGACGUAAAUGCUGAGCACCUCGACAGCUGGAGCGCCUCGGCGCCGGAUGCGGGAAGCGGUGACGAUACCAAGGGAAUCGACCGGGACCAAAUACGAAGCUCUGUAAAAGAGAGAGCGGCUAAGUUUGGAGAACUAGCCAAGUUGAAUUCCGGGAUAGCCUCGAGGUAUCCUUCCCCCGCCCAGAGAAAUUACGCAUUUGAUGCUUCGGGAGUGUCCGUUCAGAAAUCAAGGCCGCGGUAUUUUCGCCAAGGGAGCAGACCUCAGAACAUAUUAAGGCUUCACAUACCCGAGCUAGUCGAAAAAACCUUCCCAGGUGUCGACUUACAGUUGCCGGCGCUUGUCGCUCCCCCAAUACCAGAUCCCAGAGAACUGAAGUUAAAGCGACGCAACACAGGCGAUUUUGGCUUCUCUUUGAGGAGGACCACCAUGCUGGACAGGCAGCCCGAUGGAGACGUGUGCCGGAGAGUGGUGCACUUUGCCGAGCCCGGCGCUGCGGCCAAGGACCGCGCCCUGGGCCUGGUGCCGGGAGACAGGCUGGUGGAGAUCAACGGCGUCAAGGUUGAGACCAAGAGCAGGGAUGAGAUCGUGGAGAUGAUCCGUCAAUCUGGGGAGUCUGUGUUGCUAAAGGUGCAGCCCAUUUUGGAGCUGAGCGAGCUGAACCGGAGCUGGCUCAGGACCUCACAAGGACCGUACAAGGAAGGCUUCAGUCCCAAGCUCUCUGAGGACGCAGUGGCCAUUCUUCAAGCAUCUCACUUGGCAGCAAAGGCAAAGAAUGAAGAGAACAUUGCAUCCGAGAGAGCUUGGUACCACACUGAAAAAGUGUGGCUUGUCCACAAGGAUGGAUUUUCUUUGGCAACGCUCCUGAAGACAGAAGCAGGCAGUCUGCCCGAGGGGAAGGUGAAAAUACGCCUGGACAGUGACGGAUCUUUAUUAGAUGUCGAUGAAGAUGACGUGGAGAAGGCGAACCCGCCGGUGUUUGAGCGAGUGGAGGACCUGGCCUCUCUUCAGUACUUGAACGAGUCCAGCGUGAUGCACUCCCUGCGGCAGCGAUACGGCGGCAACCUGGUGCACACGCACGCUGGGCCCAACAUGCUGGUCAUUAACCCCAUCAGUGCUCCUUCCAUGUACUCGGAGAAGGUGAUGCAAAUGUUUAAAGGCUGCAGAAGGGAGGACACCGCCCCCCACAUUUAUAGCAUGGCUCAGUCUGCCUAUAGGAAGCUCUUGACCACUCGCCAGGAUCAGUCCGUCGUCUUACUGGGCAAGAGCGGCAGUGGCAAGACUACAAACUGUCAACACAUCAUUCAGUACCUGGUCACCGUUGCUGGCAGCACAACCAAAACCUUCUGCAUGGAGAAGUGGCAGGCGGUGUACACCGUUUUGGAGGCAUUUGGGAAUGCGUCCAGCUGCAUGAACGGCAAUGCCAGCCGGUUCUCCCAUAUUGUUUCUUUGGAUUUUGACCACUCAGGCCUGGUGACCUCAGCUUCUAUCCAGACAAUGCUCCUGGAGAAGAUCAGGGUGACAAGAAGACCAGAGGGCGAAUCCACUUUUCACGUGUUUUACUACCUAAUGGCCACCGUCGACAGCUCUCUCAGAACUGAGCUGCACCUCAACCACUUUGCUGAAAACAAUGCUUUUGGGAUUACGCCUCAGACAAAGGUGGAGGACAAGCAGCGGGCAUCCCAACAGUUUUCCAAGCUGCAAGCAGCCAUGAAGGUUCUGGGGGUCAGUAUUGAUGAACAAAGAGCUUUUUGGCUAGUCCUGGGGGCCAUCUACCACCUGGGAGCUGCAGGGGCUACUAAAGCUGGCAGGAAACAAUUUGCACGUCACGAGUGGGCCCAGAAGGCGGCCUACCUGCUGGGCUGUACCCUGGAGGAGCUCUCCUCCUCCAUCUUCAAGCACCAGGCCACGGGCACCCUGCCCAGAGCCGGCAGCAUCCGCCAAACUUCGGACGAAAAUGGCACAGCGGACGCAGCAGGUUCCAAGGCUUCGGCCAUGGAAUGUUUAGAGGCCAUGGCCACUGGGCUGUACUCUGAACUCUUCACAAUCCUCAUUUAUUUAAUAAACCGGGCCUUGAAAUCCAGCCAGCUUCCCUUGUGCUCUUUGCUCGUUGUGGACACACCGGGUUUUCAAAACCCCAGGCUGGUAACGCACGAUCGCGGCGCCACAUUCGACGACCUAUGCCACAACUACACCCAAGAACGUCUGCAGACGCUCUUCUACCAGCGCACCUUCGUUCAGGAGCUGGAGAGAUACAAAGAGGAGAACAUCGAGAUUGCCCUCGAUGACACGGAACCCAACACAUCUUUUUCCGUGGCAGUGGUGGAUCAAGCUUCAAGCCAAGCACUUGUGCGCAGCGGCCGGACAGAUGAGGCCCGCGGGCUCCUGUGGCUGAUGGAGGAGGAGGUUCUGCAGCCUGGAGCGUCGGAGGAAACCCUACUGGCUCGCCUUUUUAGCUACUACGGCCCCGCUGAAGGCGAGAUCAAAGGUCACACUUUCCUCCUGAAGAGUGAAAAAGAUAAUCACUUCCUGCUGGGCCACAGUCACGGGACUGACUGGGUAGAGUACGAUGCCCGCGGGUGGCUUAACUACGCCAAGCAAAAUCCUGCCUCGACCAACGCGAUGCGCCUCCUGCAGGACUCCCAGAAGAAGAUCAUCAGCUCUUUGUUCAUGAGCCGAGCGGGUGGAGCCACCGUUCUGUCAGGUUCCAUUGCGGGUCUUGAGGGCGUUUCCCAGCUGUCUUUGCGACGGGCCUCCAGCAUGAGGAAGACCUUCACUUCAGGAGUGGCUGCUAUCAAGAAGAAGUCUGUGUGCAUACAAAUAAAGCUUCAAGUGGAUGCUCUGCUUGACAUGGUGCGGAGGUCCAGAAUUCACUUUGUUCACUGCAUAUUGCCCAAGGCGGACGCUCUUAAGCCUCUGAGUGGAUCCUUCUUCAAAGGUGUCGAAAGCGAGACUCACGGGGAGGGUGGAGAUUGUGGUUUAAUGCAACUGGAUGUACCCUUGCUCCGUGCUCAACUGCGUGGAUCCAAGCUCCUUGACGCUCUCCGGAUCCAUAGACAAGGAUACCCCGACCACAUGGUGUUCUCUGAGUUUCGCCGCCGUUUCGAUGUGCUGGCGCCGCACCUCACCAAGAAGCACGGGCGGAAUUACAUUGUGAAGGACGAGCAGAGAGCUGUGGAGGAGCUGCUGGAGUCCUUGGAUUUGGAGAAGAGCAGCUACCACAUGGGUGUGAGCAGGUUGUUCUUCAAAUCUGGAAUCUUGGCUAAAUUGGAAGAACAGAGGGAUGAGCAAACCAAACGUAAUUUGAUCCUAUUCCAAGCUGCUUGUAGAGGUUAUCUGGCACGACAAGCCUUUAAAAAGAGAAAGAUUCAGGAUCUAGCAAUUCGUUGCAUCCAGAAGAACAUCCAGAAAAAUCGUGGAGUAAAAGACUGGCCAUGGUGGAAGCUCUUCACUACGGUCCAGCCACUCAUUAAGGUGCAGCUCACUGAGGACCAGAUGCGGAGCAAAGAUGAGGAGAUCCAAAUGCAGAAGUCAAAGUUGGAGAAGGUGGAGAAAGAGCGCAACGGGCUGAGACUGAACACAGAUCGACUGGAGAGCAGGAUUGCAGACUUGUUGGCAGAACUCGCUGAUGAGAGGAGCACCAGCGAGUCAGCAUCCCAGCUGCUGGAGAACGAGACGGCUGAGAGACUACGCUUGGAGAAGGACAUAAAAGAGCUGCAGGCAAAGUUUGAUGCUAUGAAGAAACAAAUGGAAGCACAGGAGGUGGAGGUGAUGGAAGCUCGGCUGAUGAAGACAUCGGAGCUCAACGGGGAGCUGGACGAUGACGAUGAUGAUGCCGGGGGUGAGUGGCGCAUAAAAUACAACAGAGCCAUUCGGGAAAUGGAGUUCACCAAAAAGAAACUCCAGCAAGAGUUUGAAGACAAGCUGGAAACGGAGCAGCAGAGCAAAAGACAUCUUGAGAGAAGGCUGGCCGAUUUGAAGACAGACAAUGAGGAUGUGCAGCACUCUGUGCAGCAGCUGAAGAAGAAGUGCCAGAAGAUGACGGCUGAACUGCAGGAUACGCGACGUCAUCUGGAGGGCCUCCAGAGCCGCAACCACGAUUUGGAAAAGAAGCAGAGGAAAUUUGAUCUUGAGCAGAACCAGGCCCAGUCUGAGGUACAAAGAGAGAGGAGUCUGAGGGAGAAGUUGGCUCGAGAGAAAGACAUAAUGGCGGCUGAGAUAUUCAACAUCCAGCAGCAGCUUCAGGAAAAGGACGCUGACUUGUGCGCUGCCAACAUAAAGGUGCAGCAGCUGGAGGCCGAAUUGCAGGAUCUCUCUUCACAGGAGUCCAAGGAUGAAGCAUCACUGGCCAAGGUCAAGAAGCAGCUUCGUGAUCUUGAGGCCAAGGUGAAAGACCAAGAGGAGGAGUUGGACGAGCAGGCCGGAACCAUCCAGAUGCUGGAGCAGGCUAAGCUGCGGCUUGAGAUGGAGAUGGAAAGGCAGCGCCAGAGCCACUCGAAAGACAUUGAGAGCAAGGAUGAGGAGGUGGACGAGAUCAGGCGGUCCUGCAGUAAGAAGUUGAAACAGAUGGAGGUGCAGCUGGAGGAAGAAUACGACGAUAAGCAAAAAGUGCUGCGCGAGAGACGUGAUCUGGAGUCCAAACUGCUGAGCGCACAGGACCAGGUGAGCCACAGGGACGUGGAGAGCGAGAAGAGGCUGAGGAAAGACCUGAAGAGAACCAAAGUCCUGCUGGCUGAUGCUCAGAUUAUGCUGGACCACCUGAAGAGUAACGCGCCAAGCAAGCGAGAGAUCACCCAGUUCAAAAAUCAACUAGAGGAGUCCGAGUUCACUUGUGCGGCGGCAGUGAAGGCCCGGAAGAGCAUGGAGUUGGAGAUAGAGGACUUGCAUAUCCAAAUGGAGGACGUGGCGAAGGCCAAACUGUCGUUGGAGGAGCAGGUGAGCCGCCUUCAGCGAGAGAAGAACGACAUGCAGGCUCGCACAGACGAAGACCAGGAGGACAUGAAUGAACUGAUGAAGAAGCACAAAGCUGCCGUCGCCCAGUCUGCCAGAGAUUUAGGCCAGAUCAGUGACCUGCAGGCGCAGCUGGAGGAGGCCACCAAGGACAAGCAGGAGAUUCAAGAAAAGCUUCAUUCGCUGCAGAGUCAGCUGGAGUUUCAGGAACAAUCCAUGGUGGAAAAGUCUCUUGUGAGCCGUCAGGAGGCCAAGAUCCGUGAGCUGGAAACCAAACUGGAGUAUGAGAGGACACAGCUCAAACGUUUGGAGAGCCUGGUGGGUCGUCUGAAGGAGAACCUUGAGAAGACGUCCGAUGAUAGAAACCAACACAUUGCUGCAGAGAAUAGAGAGAAGGAGCAGAAUAAGAGGAUGCAGAGACAAAUAAGGGACAUCAAGGAAGAAAUGGCUGACGUGUCCAAGAAGGAAGCUGAGGCGAGCCGAAAGAAACACGAGCUGGAAAUGGACAUUGAGAGCUUAGAGGCGGCAAAUCAGAGCUUACAAGUGGAUCUCAAACUGGCCUUUAAGAGGAUAGGCGACCUGCAGGCGGCCAUCGAGGACGAAAUGGAGAGUGACGACAAUGACGACUUAAUCAACAGUUUGCAAGACAUGGUGACAAAGUAUCAGAAAAGAAAGACCAAAACUGGGCAAGAGACAGACACAGAUUCUGAGGUGGAGGACCGUGUGGAUGGGGUCAAGUCUUGGCUCUCCAAGAACAAAGCUUACUCCAAGCUCCAGUCGGACGAGGGAAGUCUGAAGAGUGCCAGCCCUUCUGUGUCCAGGCGACAAAUGACCCCCGGCAGAUCUGACAAAGAGGACGAAGUGGACUUAAACGCCGACAGGCAGCUGUUGAGGCCGAGCCACGGCGAGUGCACGUCGUAACUCAAAACUCGGGUCACCUGGUGCUCUCAAGUGAAACCAAAAUACACAGGAGGGAUUCAAUCCCAUUGAGGUGGGAUCGUUUCAUUUGAGGAUUCUGUCAUAUUUGUUCUUCCUCACGAAAGCCGGUUUGCUUCUGAGGCUUAUGUCUGCUUACCUUUUAUGUGAUGCUUGAAAAAGUUAAGUGAAGCUGAGAUAUUCGGCGUGGGGGGAGGGGAGGGUGGCUCUUGCCACUUCUAUAUUUUAAAGGGCUGCUCUUCAGGCAAAUUUAAGCAUUCCUCUGCAAUUCCUGUCUAUUCAGCCCUGCCAAGAGGAUUUAGAUAAGCCUGCUCUGGAUGGACUUCUCCUAGAAAGUCUGACCAACUCCUAAAACUCUCCUUAUCUCUUUUCCUAUUAAUGGGGGCUAGCUCAAUGGGAAGAAUUUGGUCCCCUUUAAAUUAAUUAUCAUAAAUUCUUUAUUUACAUAUAAUUGAUUUGUUUUUUACACAAGUGUCUUGAAUGUUAAUACUUGCAGAAUAUUGUCAGAUUGGAACGACACCAAACUGUAGUCCACAUUUGGACAUUGACAGAAUAAUUUACAACCUGCUAUGAAGCCACAUGAAAGAUUUAAAUGUCUUUUAAAGGAAUUAUAUAAAAGACAAGCUUGUACUUGUUUAAUAGUUUAUGUAAGCUUAGAAUAUUUCCAAUAAGGUGCAGAGUAUUUUUGCUCUUGCGAUAUGAAAAUCAAGUUUGUCACUCUUUUUUGGAGGCCAUUUGUUUAUUUAUUUCGACCAUUAUAGAGCACGCAAGAUGAGAAAAUAUGGUUAUUGUUAUUCUCUAUUUAAUGUCAGAUUGCUGAUGUUGACUUUUUUUGCAGGCGUAGAACUAUAGUGAGCUACAUAUUAUUAUACAGAAUUUGUAUGACAAUUAUUCAUAGAAUGCAGUCAAAUAUACUUAAAAAGGAAGACUGUAAUACAUUUAGUAGAACUACUUACGGAUGUGAUUAUUUAGACACUGUAUAUUUCUAUUUUGGGCCUUAUGAUGAUUGUGAGCUUAUGAAUUGAAAUGAUGUCCAAGGAAGUAGCCGUAUAUCGUGCAUGUCGUUGUCCUGCAGUCGGCACUCGUGUAAAGAAACGCCUCAGUUGCUAUUAGCAUAGCUUCCCAGAAGAAGCUAAUUUGCAUUUCAAGUCUUAUUUUGGUUCCCCCCCUUUCCUCUUUGCGCCGCACAUGAAUAAUAAAUAUAGAAACACAAACAACUUUGAUGUCAGUGAUCCCAAAUAAGUUUAAAUGAAAACAUUUAUUGCUGCCGUUACAGUCUGGUCUGGUUUCAUUUUUUUUUUUUUUU